AUUUUAAAAUUUGAAAGCAAGAAUUCUCAAGAGCAUCAUCAUGCGGUCUGCUAAGGGAAAACAAACCGCCCAAGCUAAAGAGGUGUAUUCACAAAAAUAGUUUAGAAUGAUUCACCAAAGAAUUGUGCCGGGAAUAAACUGUCUCGUUGUUCUCUCUUCGUGUAAAGUUAACUGUUAACACCAACAAUCUGUUAAGAUAAACAAGUAAACUAAUGGCUAGGUUUGUUCGUAUUGUACUAACUUUGUUGUUAUUUUACUUUGGUUUGGUUUGUAUUUUGGAUAGGAAUACCAGCAGCCUGGUUGCUAUAGAAUUUAGUCUGACCUUUUCUCAGGAGUUCCACAUGCGUCAUAUAGACAAUUUUUACAGUUCCCUUUACGAAACUCGGCAUUUAGGUUUGCUUCCAAUCGACGUCAUUAAUGAUACGAUCCCAGGAAAACCACCAGAAAAUAUGAACGUAACCAUUAUUAACCCAACAACUCUUCAAUUGUCAUGGUCCCCUGGGGAAACCCAACAAAUCGUAAACACGUGGGGACUUAAAGUCAACUACCAGGCAAAUGACAACAAAACACACAGCAUCCUAGUCGAUAAACACCACGAAGAAGCUAAUAUCUCACAACUGCGACCUAAUACCACAUAUACCAUUUGGGCCGUACCUGUUACGUCAAAAGGAUUUGGUUUCUCCUCGCAAGUUCUCAAUGUAACAACUCCAUAUCGAGCGUCAGCGGACAUCAUUAUCAAAUUAGACGUUUUACUUCCUAACGUGACGUGGGAUGCUCAGUUUGAGAAUAGCAGCAGUGCAGUUUUCACGAAUUUGUCAUCUUUGAUAAGAAACAGCGUAAGUAACAACGAUUUAAUCGUCAUAACUGUACUUUUUAGCCUCGUUUAACCAAAGUAAUCUUAGCAAGUAACUACUCCUCGAAUGUACGCAA